AGCGCAAAUACCAAAAUCUACUUUGAUUGAUCCCUUCGCUUGGUUCGUUAGUUCUUCCUCUCCGCGUUUCGUGCGCUCCCUGCUCAGACUAGCUUGUUGGGAAGAGCACCAAUCAUGAGUCGUCAGCUUUCCGUGUCCUCUCUUCAUGCUGGACAGCUGCGUUAUCACGAUUUCGCCAAACUCCGAGAGCUCUACGCUCUGGGAAGAGCGUCGCAUUAUUCGACGGUAGCUCGAGACACUGGUAUUGUCAGAGCAAGCGGCUCGAAAGAUCAGAGCAUAGCGUCAGCAUGGAAAGCAGAUGUUGGUCCUAUGCACAAUACGACGCGUUCUUUCUUGACUUUUGGCUCAUCCGCAUCAUCGAAUCCGUUUACCCAGCUACUCCGUACACAGCAACUCAAGCGGCUGGAAUCAGCCGCCAACGCGGCACCGCAAGACGGUGAUACUCAAUAUCGCUUCCUGUACGAACUUGCCCAGGAUCAUCCGUCCGCCGUCAUUGCCCGUAUCCGACAUCCCGCAUUCAAACGACACGCUCUCAACAGCAGCGCCGCGACGUUGUAUCUGCAACUCCUGCAAAAGACCAAUCAAGUCAGUCAACUCGAUGUGGAUGAUAUUUUGCAGCGCGUGUCACGCGGAUUAUCCGAGCACGA